AUGGCUCAGCCAAAUGCCGAGCCCGUGGAGGACUACGAUUAUGAAUCGCUCCCGCCCAACUUCUCAUUGUUGCAAAACAUGGCUGCCGGCGCUUUCGCCGGCAUUGCCGAGCAUUGCGCAAUGUACCCUAUCGAUGCGAUCAAGACACGAAUGCAGAUAAUCAACCCUACCUCGUCGACCGUCGGGACUGGAGUGAUCCAGGCCACAUACCGGAUGGCAAGCACGGAAGGCAUUCUGAGUCUAUGGCGGGGCAUGUCCAGCGUGAUAGUUGGGGCUGGCCCUGCGCAUGCGGUCUACUUCGCGACAUAUGAGGCAGUCAAGCACGUCAUGGGCGGGAACCAAGCUGGUGUCCACCAUCCUCUAGCCGCCGCAACUAGCGGAGCAUGCGCUACGAUUGCUAGCGAUGCGCUGAUGAACCCCUUUGACGUCAUCAAGCAAAGAAUGCAGAUCCAGAACUCGGCCAAGAUGUACCGGUCCAUGUUCGACUGCGCAAAAUACGUAUACAGGAAAGAAGGGCUCGCGGCUUUCUACGUGUCUUACCCGACGACACUUUCUAUGACGGUCCCCUUUACCGCGCUUCAGUUCCUCGCAUACGAGUCCAUCUCGACCUCUAUGAAUCCAAGCAAGAAGUAUGACCCCCUGACGCACUGUCUGGCGGGUGCGGUGGCGGGUGGGUUUGCCGCAGCGCUUACGACGCCAAUGGAUGUAAUCAAAACAAUGCUGCAGACACGAGGCAGUGCUACCGAUCCCGAAUUGAGGACGGUCAACGGAUUUGUGGCCGGUUGCCGGUUAUUGUACCGGAGAGAGGGCACCCGCGGCUUUUUCAAGGGCGUGCGGCCAAGAGUGUUGACAACCAUGCCCAGCACCGCCAUCUGCUGGUCGGCCUACGAGGCGUCAAAAGCCUAUUUUAUCCACCACAAUAACUCGACAUGA